CCGACACAAAUGUAGUUAACUCUUUCGCCUUCUUUUCACGGGCUACAUGAACACUUGCCGACCCUAAUCAGGAAGGUAGUAUCACAAUAUCAAGUGCCUUGCCGACCGCUUUUAGGCUCCCCUAUUGGACGGAGUCGGCAUGACUCAACCUUUCGUCUUGCAUUAUCUUACCCGUCAAUUCUUGGUAUUUUCACUUAUAAAUGCCCUCAAUGCCCUCAAUUCUCCCUACACUAAAACAUAACCUUCCCCUCAUCCCACAUUUCGCAAACCUCAUUCCUCCUCCGUCAAACCCGCCAACAUGUCACUAACAGCCAACGGCAAAGCAACCCUCACCACCGCUGCUCCCCAAGAAGAAAUCACCAUCCGUCGUGCAACACUACUAGAUGGCCCGGACGUAGGCAAGGCCGCCGCAACAGCCUACUUCUCAACGCCCCUUACAUCCUGGAUAUCUCCUCGCCGCGAGAAGUACCCCGCAGCCUACCAGCGCGGCUUCUUCGAGCGGGCUGUAACCCGGAUACUGUCGCCUCGCAACGAGACGUACGUUGCCUGUCUCUCUUCCCCCGAAGGGAAAAUCGUUGGAGCAGCACAAUUCGUGCGCUUAGGUGACGAUGCGGGCGCUAGGAAGAUGAUCCGUGAUGUUGGGCUUGUGAGAAGGGUCUUGUUUUGGGUGCUGAGUUGGGGGUUUUGGGCCUGGUGUCAGGUGUGGUGGUUGUUUCAGGGAGGGGAUAAAAGUAUUGAUCGAGAGGCUGUGGAGACGUUUGCGGCGUGGUGUAGGGUGGAUCAGGGGAGGUUUUGGGAGGGGAGGGAGGAAAGGGUGAAUAGGUGGCACGCGCAGAGUGUAGUUGUUUUGCCGGAGUGGCAGGGACGGGGUAUUGGGAAGAGGCUGAUGGCGGAGGUUUUGAGGAGGGCGGAGAGGGAUGGGGCUAUGGUGGGCUUGGAGAGUAGUGUUAAAGGGGAAGGGUUGUAUAGGAGGUUGGGGUUUGAGUUGCUUGGGAGGUUUACUACCCAGGCGGAUGCGAUGGAAGGGGGUGAUAAAGGCGGUGUUAUGGCAUGGUAUCCUGAAGGAUGGAAGGAAAGGCAUAGUGGAGAGAGCUGAGACUAGGAAAACGAAGGAAGAUUUUUACUUUGAGGAGAUUGAGAGACGCAAGGACCAGGCCAGAGGGGAUUCCAUUUUCCUUGGCGGCUAUGUGUUUGGGAAGGAUUCGUUCAAUUUGAAGAUUGCCUAGCUAUCAGGCUGUUUUCAAAUUAGGUGGAGAGCAUCAGAAUAUACUAAAGCGAGCUGGAACUUUAACCAGAAACUCAUCGAAAUCACCCAGAAGAAUUGAACCUUGAGCGGAGAAGCCAAAUCUUAGUGUUCCGCUUUCAAGUAGAACAUCGAUAGGUAGAAACGCGCAAAUGAGUUGCAGCAACGAGGAAACGUAAAAGAUUUCAGUGUUCCACUUUUGACUAAAUAGUGA